AUGGCAACCCCCAGCUCUCCCACUACAGGCGAAAGCCCCAACCACCAACCCUCGGCCACGAUGGGUGGUGCAAGUGCCUUUCCUACACCAGCCAACAAUGUAGGCGGCGGCAAAGGCUGGGGUGAUAAGGGAUUUCGCAAGGGUGGCAUGGACGGACCCGGACAUGUACAUAGCCAGAGCGCGCUAGAUUUCUGUGGUAAUUUCCUCGGUCUCGAGCAGCAGAAAAGCUUCGGGGAAAGUAACCAUAGCAAGCGGGCUGAGAGUGCUGGGUAUGGGACUCAGAAGACGAAGAGUGGUUACCCGACUUGUGAAAAUGAGGAUCAUAGCUUUAUGAAUCAUAGACCUGGAUGUCCGGGGACGUUGCCUGGUUGGAGCAAGACGAAGAACUUUUUGGAGAUGUAA